AUGGGGUUAUUACUUUAUCUCCCUUCAUACGCACCGGUUCCGUGCAAUGUAACUCUGAAAUUCACUCUACUUAACGCGUUAUUGCGCUGCAACAGUAGUGCUUCGCAGGUCAUCGUUGCUAAUGCGAAGCUGGGCGACAUGGUUGCGUUGCGACAUGGUUGCGUUGCGGGUCGCGCUGCGCAACAGGACGGUGUGGCAGCGGGGCAUGAACAUCGCGACGUCGAUGCACGCGAGAGUUCGCUAAAAAAUGGUGAGUACAAAUCGAUUGUGCAGCAAAGUGUUAAUUAA